UGAUAAAAGAGAAGGACCUCCUUUCUUUUGGUUCCUUGUCCCUAUUCAUGUGCCCUUGAGGUCUAAAGAGCUGACUAAGCUUCUCAAGGAAGAGCUCCCUUAUUGUGAAGGAAUUACCAGCUCCAGAAAGAAGAGCACCAGGAAUAUGAUCCCCAAAUGCCUUACAAAGAAAUCAAAGCUGGGGUGAAGGCUGAAGCACAAUACAUACAAAGCAAACUUUUCUUGCUGAGUCUCUUGUGCCCACAGUCAACGAGAUGGGCCCCAAAGCCAGAGGUAUGCCACUGAAAUGGCUCUGGUUCAUAGUACUUGAGUUUUCUUUGCUGUCACUUGUAGAGAUGUAUGGAUUCCGUCACUGCACCCAGUAUAAGUUCAACAUUCAUCAUGUGCUCUGUGUCCGGAAGAACAUCACCAACUUGAAGGAAAGCAUUCAUGAUCUCCCUGAAUAUGUCACUCACCUCAACCUUACACACAACCAAAUCCAAACUGUGCCCUCUAGAAGCUUUGUUAAUUUGUCUAAUCUUGUGGAUCUUCGACUAGAGUGGAACUUUAUCUGGGACCUUGGUCCAGAGGCCUUUCAGGGGCUUAAAAACUUGACCCUUUUGAACCUGGUGGAAAAUAAGCUUCAGAGUAUCAAUUCUUCAUUUGAGGGUCUAUCCAGUUUGAAAACUUUGCUCCUGAGCCACAAUCAAAUCUCCUGGAUCCAGGAAAAUGCCUUUGUCCCACUCAUCAACUUACAGUACUUAAAUUUGUCUCGUAAUGCAAUUACCACUUUUUCCAAUGUACUGGCAGCUGUCCAGCAUCUCCCAUGCCUGGAAGUUCUUGAUCUCACCUACAACACUAUUGCCUCCCUGGACUGCAAUCCAACGACCUUGGUCUCCCUCACCAAGCUGAUCUUGAUGAAGAACAAGCUGGUUGACUUGGAUUUCUCUACCCUAUCACUUCCCAACCUAACCACCCUGGACGUCUCCCAGAAUGCUCUCCAGAAUGUGCAUCUGGAUACUCUACCGCAGGUGAAGAGAUUGAAUCUGAGCCAGACAUGUUUGGAAGUGGAAAAGCUUGAUGCCAAACAUCUCCAGAAUCUGAUAGAGCUGGACCUCAGUGGUAUCACUCCAUUGCCUAACACAAAGCAUGUGAACCUGAGUGCCGUGUGUCACCUCCUCCAGAACUUACCCAGGAUAGAGACUUUGUUUUUUCAGAAAAAUGGAAUUGAUUCAGAGAACAUCAAGCACCUUGCCAACUGUACUAUGCUAGUAUCUCUUGACCUGAGCCACAAUAAAGAUUUGGUCCACCUCUGUAACAGUGAGUUCAGUGACAUGCCCAGCCUUGAACGGCUGGAUCUGAACAGUUGUAUGCUGUCCCUGGUCAGCAAUAUGACUUGGGAUUCCCUGCAGAAUUUGACAGUGUUAGACUUGAGUCGAAAUAGGCUUAAAACCUUUCCAGAUUUUGCAUUUGCUCCCCUUCGACGCCUGCAGUCUCUCUCUCUUUCCAGAAAUCCCAUCACAGAGCUCAACAACCUGUCCUUCUAUAGGUUACAUGAGCUAAAGGAACUCGACUUGGCCGGGUGCUGGAUAGUGGCGAUUGAUAGCUAUUCCUUUAGUCAGUUUUUGAGCCUUGAGAAUCUAAACCUUCGGGAGAACAAUCUCCGAACUCUGAAAAAGAACACUUUUUUAUUUCUGAAGAAUCUUCAAGUUCUGACUCUUUCCUACAACCGUUUGGCCACCAUCGAGAAAAGUGCUUUUUCUGGCCUCCCCAAACUAUACAAACUUGACCUGGCAUACAACAUACUGUCUGAUUUUCAUCCUGGUAUGUUCCUUGGACUGGAAGGACUAGAGGUUUUAGACCUCAGUUUUAACAAAAUAACUUAUGAAACUCUCAAGAGCCUCCAGCCUCCUCCUUUUAAGGAUCUCCAGACUCUCAAACGCCUCAACUUAGAAGGACAAAUAAAUGGAAUUCAGGUUGUUCCAAUCAACUUCUUCCAAGGAUUGGGGAGUUUGCAGGAACUACUACUGGGAAAGAAUUCCAAGGUAUUUCUGGACCACCUCCAGUUGGACCAACUGCCUAAUCUCACCAGACUGGAUAUCUCAGGGACAAAAGCUGGCAAUCGGGGUCUCUAUUUAAAUAUUUCCUUGUUCCAAAAACUGAAACAAUUGAAAUCAUUGCAACUCGAGAACAACAACUUGGACUCGUUAGCUCCUGAAAUGUUCUUUGGUUUGGAAGGCCUUCAGAUCUUUUCCUUGAGGUUCAAUAACCUGAAAAUCAUUAAUCAAAACCUUUUGCAGAACCUGAAGUCUCUGAUGUAUUUUGAUGUCUAUGGGAACAAGCUUGAGUGUACCUGUGAUAAUGGGUGGUUCAAGAACUGGUCCGUCAGCACACCAACUGUCCAUAUUCCCUAUUUGGGGAGCUUCCAGUGUCAACAGCCAAAUACACAGAGCCUACUAGUGGGUUUUGAUACUUCCAUUUGUAAUUUUGACACAGGUAAAAUUUGCUUCUUCUGCUCCUUCAGCCUGGUGUUGGCAACCAUGGUCUGUUCCUGGUUUGGUACCAAGAUGAUCUCAUCCAUGCGAUAUGGGAUCUAUAUGUUUAAGUCAUUAUACCUGGCCAAGUGGCAUCGGACAGAAAGGGAGUUCGUCUAUGAUGCUUUUGUCUCCUUCAAUGCUGCUGAUGAAGAGUGGGUUUAUAAGGAGCUUGUACCGGCUCUAGAAAAGGUUGGCCAGCCUACUUUUAAGCUCUGCCUGCACCAUCGGGACUUUGAACUUGGGGUAGACAUCUUCGAGAAUAUCCAGAAUGCCAUUAAUACCAGUCGAAAGACUCUCUGUAUUGUCAGUAACAACUAUCUCCAAAGUGAGUGGUGCCGACUUGAGGUGCAGCUAGCUAGCCUCCAGAUGUUCUAUGACUACCAGGAUGUGAUCAUCUUGAUUUUCCUGGAGGAGAUCCCCAACUACCGACUGUCCAGCUACCAUCGACUCCGGAAACUCGUGAAGAGGCAGACAUUUAUCACCUGGCCUGAGGAUUUCCAGGAAAGGCCCCUGUUUUGGGCCCGCAUUAGAAAUGCUCUAGGCAACAAGACCGUUAGGGAGGAGAAUGCACGGUUAAUUUUGACUGAUCCACUAGGAGACUGAAACCCUUGGACACAACAGUGUUUGGUACCAGCAUGAGAGCUCCUAACUAAGUGGAUAGAUUGCUGCACUUGGAAUCAGGAAGACCUGACUUCAGAUGAUAUUUUCUAGUCACGUGACUCUGGGCAAGUCACUUAAUCUCUCUUAACCUCAGUUUCCUUAUCUGCAAAUGGAGAUGAUACUAGGACUUACCUCUUUUCUGAGGAUCAAAUGAAAUAACAUGUAAAGGACUUUGAAAACUUUAAAGUUCUCUAUAUAUGCUAACUAUUAUUAUUAUUAAAGAAGUUGAAUAUAAGCUUAUGCAUACGUAUGUAUGAGAAAAGUACAAAACAUCUUUUUCUCGGCAUGUGUAUGUAUGUAUUCUGGAGCAACAUAGUUGAUCUACCUAUGGAGAAGAAGUCAUUCUGAGUCCAGUAUGUCUAUGAUCAUGGAUAAGAUGUUUAGACCCCAAGGAAAGUCAGUUUCUUCCUUGAGAUAGUGGCGAACAAGAGUUAACUCUGAAAGAAGCCACUUUGGGCCUUAGCUUCUUCAACUAUAGAAUGAUGGAUUGGAGUGGAUGACCUCUAAGGUCCCUUCUUCCAAAUUCUGGCAUUUUAUGCAAUAAUUCCAAGUUUAUUUUCUCCAAGCAGCCUUCAGUGAUUGGAUUGUCUUCUGCCACCUCUCCUACCCCUCGAAACUUGCCAUUUAGGCCCUUUUUUCUUCCCAUGAUGCUAAUGCAUACACACAAACGAAUAUGUAUUUUUCAGUCCAUUCAAGAUCUAUGAUAUCACUAGUGUAGAGGCUUCCCAAUGGGGAUAUUCCUUUCCCUCUGCUGGGUGGAGAUCAACAAUUUAUAAUCUCAGAGAGAGGCCUGGAGGCACAGAAAAUUUCAAAGACUUGCCCAAAGUCACACAUUUAGUAAGAAGUAUCAGAGAUAGAGUUUGAGCCCAGAUCUUCCUGACUCCAUGGCCCACCCUCUGGCCCCUAGGCCACCUUGCCAUUCUCCACUUAUCCUGUAAUAUAUAUAGCCAGAAUCUCUCAUUCCAUAAGUGAAAUUUUGCUGAAAGAAUUGUGAAAAGCAUGGGAAGAUGUAACAGAAACAUGCAUGAAGAGAGUUUGGGGAAAAGUGUGCCCACAGUUCAUUUCCAAGUUUCCUAGAUUUGACCAAGAUGAAAUAUUUGAAGAAGCAAGUAUCGAGAUGGCAUAGCAUGAAGAAACUGGCACUAGAAGGGGAUGGAGGAGAUGAUUGAGGGACUGUCCAAUGAGGAUCUGAUUGAGCUGCUGGCUAAAAGGGCAGAAGAAGAAAGGAAAGCAUUGGAACCCAAGGGCAAACCAAAGAGAUUCACAACAAAACAGUUGGCAGAAGCAUUUUAUCAUUUGAAAGAAUUUGUUUUUCUUGUAUUGAAAGGAGGGAUCUUUGAGACUUUUAAAAGUUCAGAGACUAGUGGAUGAUAAUAUGGCCUGCAACUGUUGUCAGAUAUAUGAGCCACUGCCCAAACAUUUCUCAGUGGCUUCGUAAAAAAAGUCCCACAGCCAAUCACUGGUGAUCAAAGGUCACGUGCAGUGGGAGGGACAAGAGCGACAUACUAUAUAGUUAUGCUCACUUUAUAGCACUGGGCAUAUUUUGUCAUGAGUUUGAUCUUUCCUCAUAAUUCUGUUUAUUAUCAUGGUAUAAUAUUGAAUAUGCAUUUUAGUAUGUUUUAUGACUUGUAUAAAGAUAUCGACUUUGUUAGAUGGGCCACGUGAAAUUGGAGGAUAUUCUCCUCCAUAAUAUCCAAUUACAUAAUUGCAGGAUCAUUACAUAAAAAUUGCUUUCCUUGGAGGUCUGUGGAAUGGUCCACGUACAUACAGAGCCAUCUAUAUUAGAAUUGUCUGUGUCUUAUACCUCUUAAGGACCAGAAUUUUUUCUCGUCUAAAGUUGGCGUUGUUCCCAAUGUCUAGCACAGAGCUCUGUACUCAAGAGAUUCUUUACCAGUGCUGUUUGAAUGCAUACUUUCUCUUGUCAACUUGAAAUCUGAAGACCCCAAUUCUGGCCCUGUCCCUGAGAACUCACCCUUAGAGAAGUCCCAGACUCCCCCAUUUCAGCCUGAACGAUAGACCUUAAAGUACUUGCUGAGCUCAGCGUAGGUGGCGCUAGCAGACUAGUACCCUUGUAGUCUUAGGUAGUCUCCCAUAUUGUAUCAGAGACCCUUCCCAAGAAGACCCCCACCUGUGCAGGGGCCAUCCUUUUAGUAUCCACUGUAAGUAGACGCCCCCUGCUAGAUACCCCAGCCUCUUUCCCGAGCCUGCUUACAACCUGUCCGUGUAUGUUGGAGAAGCAAAUGGAAACCACUUCAGGAUCUUUGCCAAGAAACCCCCCAAAGGGGUGAGGAAGAGUCUGACGACUGAAAAACAAAAGUAUGUAUGAAGUGGACACACACACACACAUGUUGAAUGUAAGCUUGUUUUUGUAGCCCCAGUACUUGGCACAUAGUAGGUACACAAUCAGUGGUUAUUAAAACAAAUCGAAUGUG